CAUUAUCAUUUGACACAAAUGAGAAGUUAAGUUGCCUCGUUCCGCGUAUUUCACCUAAAAUUCACGAGGAGUUAGUCAGAUUCUGGGUCUAAAGCGACUGAAAGGCUAUGAAGUUACGUCUGUGCGAUAAUGUGUUGUUGGUUCUGAUUCUGAGUAUUGUUCAGAUGAAUUGGGUUUACUCUCAGGAUCACCAAUGGCCUCUUCACACAGUGUGCAGCUCAGACAGACUCACGGUGACCUACAGAAGCUGCGACCCUUUACAGGAUGUCGGUUUCACUUUCCUGCCUUGCCCUAACAGAUUGAUCGGUCCUAUAAAAAUCAGAUUGGCCCUUGUUCUGAGACAGUCCAUCUAUGAGCUUUAUUCAUCACUUGAGCUUCUGCUAGAAGACACCCAUGUAUUGAGUCGGGAAGAUCCGCUCUGUCUUCCUCAUUUCCCACGGUUCACUUUUUGUGGAAGCAUGAAAGGAGAGCUCGUCACCAUAGAUUCAUCCUUUCAGUCAAAACUAGACCUUCCUCUAAAGGGUAAUUUUCAUCUUAAUCUACAUGCAAUAAACCAAGACGGCUUCCAGAUUGCCUGCGUUAAUGCAACUAUAUCCAUCCAGUAGUGAUCCUUCAAAACUAGACGACCUGAGUGUUUUCUCACAGUGUGUUGAGCUCAGACGUUAUACUGCAUUUCAGCAAAGGGGUUUAAUCAAAAUUAAUUGUGUUGUUCCUCUUUGGGACAUUAUUGUUGUUUCUUCAAAAGGGAAUUGAGUGAAUGUCAUCAUGCAUGCAGGAUUUUUGCUGCUUUCAUGUGAUUUCAUAAUUAUCUUGUUCCAGAAGUGUUUCACUCAGAUAGUCACAGUAUAGGCAAGAAAAUACAUAUUUUUUGUUUCAAGCCAAAAAAUAAAUAAAUAAAAAAGAUUUAGCCUAUAUUACUACAUGUUGAAAUGCUAUGAUCUGAACAAAGAGUGAAAAAAAUCAUUUGAAUAUUUUUUUUUUUACAUAUUUGUCAUUAACUGCGCCUGUGCCAAAUGACAAAUGUUUUUGCAAUAAAAAAAAGCUUGUCGAAUUGCACUAUUUGAAAAAAUAAUGCAUUGCAUUUUUAGGGCUUGCGUUUUUAUGGGCUGAAAUUAAACAUGGCUGUAGCUAUUUAAACAGUGAAUAUUUCAAUUCAAAGCAUUUCAAACACAUUAAAAAAAAAUCAAUAAUCCAUAUUCACCUUUUAGAUUUCAACUCCAAAAUAGUAUUCAUUCUAUUUAAAAAUACAACCUAUAAAAUUCGGCAGACAAGUUUUAGUUCGAUUUUAUUUAAUUUUCAAUUCAGCGGUUCAAAAAGUUCGACAGAAAAUUCAGCAUUAGAACGGCAGGAAUAUCAGUAGAUUGCCGAUUGAGAGCUGUUAGUCUCACCAGCAGGGGGCGCAAACGGCUGUUGAUCAUUACCACUACUAGAGCAAGCAACGGGUGAGAGAGUCAUUCAUUCAUAAAAACGGAUAUACAAACAAAUGAAAACAAGCUUUUUUAUUUCAAAAACAUUUGUAUUAUUUUAAUUCCAUACAGCUUUGCUCAGAAUAAAGCUUAGGCCUAUUAUUAAUAGCCAGUGUGAAGUGAAUAUCAUUAUUAUGUUUUACUUUCAAUAAAGAUUUAAUUUCUCCAAA